UAUCUAAAACCAGUAUCAUUAUGGUCAUCCUAACCCAAAAUAUACUUCUUUAACAGAUAUGAAGUAACACAUUAGAAAUCAUUAAAUGGAUCCUCCGUGGUGGCUCUGGACAUUUUUAAUUCAACGACGUUGAAUUUGCAAGUGACAUAAAUACAAAAGCUCCAAGUUCUGUAGAAGAAACAAGGACAUUGUACCAGAAGAAGGACACUUCUGGGUGAGAUAUUACAUGAUGGAGCACUACAAACACUUUCAUAGGAUCAUUCUUAUGGUUGUUCUUCAAGGCUGGUUCCCAGGUUCCUACAGUCAGGAUUCCACGAUUACCCUCCCUAAAUCCAUCAGAGCAUUGAGAGGAUCCUGUGUGGAGAUUCCCUGCUCAUUCAUCCACUCUGUGGACUUGGAUUACGUCAAUCUGAUUUGGUACAAGAAAUUAUUACCAUAUGAUGAGAUUAUUUUUGACCAAUAUUUUUCAUCUCAAAUAUAUGAGCGUUACAGAGGUCGCACUUCCCUGGUCGUCAAUGAAACAAACAGUUGCUCCCUGAGGAUUAAUGAUGUGCAAGAAACAGGCACUUAUUAUCCCUACAUACAUGGAAACUGUGAUGAUAUCACUGAUUGUCAGACUGUGAAGGUCUACUUAUCAGAUGUUCCCAAUAAGCCAUCAAUACAGAUACCCUCAAGCCUAAAAGAGGAAGAAAGUGUCUCCAUCUCCUGCUCUGUAGAACACACCUGCCCCUCCAGUCCCCCUACUCUACGUUGGAACAAAGAUGGAUAUAAUCUCACUGCAACGCAGGAGAAACUUAAGGAUGGAGUAUGGAAAGUUGAUACUGUUAUGGCAUAUCUCCCGUCAUACCAGGACCAUGGAACUACACUUGAAUGUGAGGCUACUUAUCCAAAUGGUCUCAAAUCCCAACACAUGACCACAUUAAAUAUAAAAUUCUCUCCAAAAAACAUCAGGGUUGUUAUGUUUGAAGGGAAGAAGGAAGUUAAAGAGUCAGAUGAAAUUCGUUUAAUCUGCACCAGUGAUGCCAACCCGGCAGCCAAUGACUUUAUCUGGUACAACAAUAAGAGAAAUGAGACUGAGGAGCUGAGAGAGGAACAUGGACAGAACAUAAUAAAUGUGACUGUUGGGUGGGACAGAGAGAAAUUCUCCUGCACUGCAAGGAACCCAUUGGGUGAGGGAAAGUCUGGUGUUUUGGAGCUGCAGGUUUUAUCUGUACCGACAAAAAUGGGACUGCCAAUGUGGAUUAUAAUCGGAACUGUAGCUGGUGCUGUAUUGGUCAUCCUAUUGAUUCUGGGUCUAUAUUUAUUUCUCAGAAAGUCAAAGAAACGGGAAUCUUCAGGAGGCAAGAGGGUGGAGACCGAUUAUCAGAAUUUCCAGAUUCCUGAAAGUCCGUACACUGCCCUUCAGAUGAGAGACACAUCACUAUAUGAAGUAAUAAAGAAUUCCCAGUCCACUGAAAGUCCCUACACUGCUCUUCAGAAGAGAGAUGCGGCCGAAUAUCAUGAAAUCAAACUAAAGCCAAUGAAAAAGAUUUGACAUUUCUUCAUCCCAGUUAAGAGAAAGAAAGAAGAGGAAUGCGCUGGAUCUGAACAUGGAGACUUUCUAGAAACGUUAACUGUGAUAUCAAAGAAAAGAAUAACCUUACUAACAGUCAAUCAACAUAAAAUACAUUAGAAAUGCACUGUCCAGACCUGCUUUUUACUAUGUUUUAGAAUUCUAAGCAACUUUUCAAUUGGCCUUGAUUCCUUUUUUAAAAAAAGUACCUUCUUCUUCUGACUCUUUCCA